UUUUUAUAAAUUCAUUUUCCUUAUAAUAAUUCCUAUAUAUUUUGCUAGAACAUAUGUAUAAAUAUAUAGUGACAAAAAUAUUCCAAUAUAUAUGACAGGCACAGCUCAAUUUAUUGGAAACUGAUAUAUUCUCAUCGAUCUAUCUAGUCUCUACCAUGGAAGAAGGGCCUCCAUAUUAUAAUAAACUCUUCCCCCUUCCCGUCGACCAUGAUAAUAAGGCCACCAUUUUCCGUCCAUUCUCAAUAUCAUCACCCCACAUGAGAGCAUUCCACUUGGCAUGGCUAUCUCUCUUCUCUUCCUUCUUCUCCACCUUCUCCAUCCCUCCACUCACCCCACUCAUCCGCCGCGACCUCAACCUCACCCAAGCCGACAUAAGCCGAGCCGGCAUAGCCUCUUUCGUCGGCUCAAUCUUCUCCCGCCUAGCAAUGGGACCCGCCUGCGUCCUCCUUGGCCCUAGAGUUACCUCCGCCACGCUCUCUCUCCUCACAGCCCCCGCCCUCCUCGCCAUGUCGUGUCUCGUCUCUUCCCCUAAAAAAUUCAUCGUAGUUCGCUUCCUCGUCGGGUUUUCAUUGGGAAAUUUCGUGGCCAAUCAAUUCUGGAUGAGCUCCAUGUUCUCCGGUCCCGUGGUUGGCCUCGCCAACGGCGUCGCUGCCGGUUGGGCUAACACGGGAGCAGGUCUGACCCAGUUACUCAUGCCAAUUAUUUACUCUGUUUUAAACAAUUCCCUUAAUUUGCCGUCUAACAUCGCUUGGCGAGUGGCGUUUGUUUUCCCGACAGCGUUUCAAGUUGCAACGGCGAUACUAGUGUUGACCUUCGGUCAAGACCGACCGAUCAGCCCCGUUGACUACUCUUCGAAACAUGAAAAGAACAACACAACAAAAGAUGAUUUACGCGCCGUUCUUUUUCAGGGCCUAAAGAACUACAGAGGUUGGAUCUUGGCAGUGUUGUAUGGGGUCUGUUUCGGUGCGGAGCUGACCACUAAUAAUAUCAUAGCCGUCUACUUUUACGACCGAUUUGGGGUGAAUAUUAAUGUCGCCGGAGUGAUUGCUGCAAGCUUUGGGAUGGCUAACUUAUUUUCCAGGCCGGCCGGAGGGUUACUCUCCGACGAGUUGGCGAAGAGGUUUGGGAUGAGAGGGAGACUUUGGGGUUUGUGGGCAGUGCAGACAGUGGCCGGGUUGCUCUGCGUGUUACUCGGCCGAUGUAACUCGCUAUGGGGCUCCAUUGUUGUCUUGUGUGGAUUCUCUGUGUCAGUUCAAGCUGCUGGAGCGCUCACGUUUGGCGUGGUGCCUUUCGUUUCCAAGAGGUCACUUGGAGUGAUAUCAGGUAUGACAGGGGGUGGAGGACCUGUUGGGGCAGUAAUUGUACAGCUGUUACUGUUCUCAGACUCUUGUAAACUAUCUAAGCAGACAAGCAUUUCUUUGAUGGGAGCUAUGAUGAUUGUUUUUACUCUUCCUAUCACUUUCAUCUACUUCCCUCAGUGGGGUGGGAUGUUCUCUGGCCCAUCUGAUCAUACUAAUUCACCAACAGAACAUAAUCUUCUGCUUGAAUAGUUUCACCUUUUCAACAAUGUACAUUCAAACAUUCACACUAAAUUUUUGCUCACCUACAGCUAUGUUACUUUUGUUUCUCAGCUUUUGGUAAAAAAAAAAAAACCAAAUUUUUACAUUCUA